AUGAUACAUCGACGGAGGAUCCUCUCCAUUUUUCUAUCCCUUGUGAUACUCGUAACGUUGCCUUGUUACGAAAGUCGUGCCAGGAAUACUCAAAGUACUCAGAAAUUAAUUAGAAAUAGAGAAUCGUAUAAGUUACACGAAAAUAACAUUUUUCCUAAUUAUGUAGAAGAUAAUUGGGAAAAAGGAAAUUUUCAUAUAGAACAAAGGGAUAAGUCAUGGGUUUCGAUAUCUAUGCACAAGAAAAAUAACUAUGUACAUGAAUCUUCACUUGUUAAUUUUACGUAUAAUCACACGAAAGAUGGUCAACAAUUAAUACAUAAUGAACAGAGUUUAACACAUAGAAGAUUUAAAAGAGGUGUAAUACAUUUAUAUAACAUGGUUGUAUGCGCCACUGGAUGCAAUCCUUUAGCUUAUAAGGGAUAUGGAUGCUACUGUGGCUUUCUGGGCUCAGGAUAUGUGAUAGAUGGAAUAGAUAGGUGUUGUAAAAUGCAUGAUUGGUGCUAUGAUGCUACAGAAUGUCCAAUGUUUUCAGAGUAUUUUGUACCAUAUUAUUGGAGAUGUUACCAUGGUUACAAACCAGUAUGCGCUGUUGAACAUGGAAAUUGGGGAGGUUCUGGAUCAUGUGCUCAACGAUUAUGUGAAUGCGAUCGUUCAUUCGCUGAGUGUCUAAAGCGUUAUCCUUGUCCAACAACCAAAGCCGUAUGCACUUCUUCGCCUUGGAGAUUGGUGCAAAAUCUUUUUAUGAUCAUGUGA